CGAGAUGAAGAGAUCUUGCCGAAGGAAAACUACCCUGUGUCUUAUUGCUGGGCUGUAUUUCAUUAACAAGAGAAGUGAACCACAUUUUGUUUUACAGCAUAAUAAAUAUGUGUGUGUGUGUGUGUGUGUAUACAGUACAUAGAUAUACUCAAACACACAUACAUGCAUAUCUAUAUAUGUAGCCUUGUCCCGCAUGGACCUAGGUCUCCCGACCCCUCCUCCUCACUGGCACCAGCACCACUUAAUCCCAGUGUAAAGUGACCCCCCAGUGAGUCCCUCACUUUGUACGGAUUUCUGAGCCAAAGGGGGCUCAGAGCGUUGAAGUGCUGCACUGAGGAUGCUGACAAAACGAGGCACACUCAUCUAAACAGGCACGCUACAGCCUAAUUCUUCUCACUCGGCGUUCACCAGUCAUACUUUGAAUCACAUUUCGAACUUUUGUACGUUCUUUUUGUUGGGAUUUCCUGAACGCUACAUCUUCCCGGAUAGUUCGUUAUCUCCAGCACUGUCAUGGGUGCGCUACUGGCGGCGUGGCUGUGGCUGCUGCUCAGUCUCCUGCCUCUGGAGGUCCUUUCCCGGGGUGUGAAUCAGCCAGACCUCCAUGACAGCCAAAGGCCAAGUGUAACGAGGACCUCCAAGUAUCCAAAGUCCUCUCCAGAUACCAUCGUCAUGCCAACGGUAUCCAACCCCUCCAUCAACCACCACAUAAAGCAGAGACGCUUCCUCUGGAGGGCUUUGAUGCGCAAAGAGACCGGGCCAACAUUCCCUGCGCUUUUGCUUGAUCCGAGCAGCCAUCUGCUGCAGAAAACAGCAGUUCCGCUGAGAAGGUCAAGAGGUCGUCGGCAUGCCAGUGUUGGGAGGGGACACGGCCACCUGAUGAGAGCAGGGUGCAUCCUGGGCACUUGUCAGGUUCAGAACCUGAGUCAUCGCCUCUACCAGCUGAUCGGACAAAGUGGGAGAGAAAAUUCCUCACCCGUGAACCCCUACAGUCCUCAUAGUUAUGGCUAAGGCCAAAACCUGAAGUGUAGCAGUAGUCUUUAAUGGAUGAAAAGUUUUCCCUAUUGACUGCACUUACAAAUACUGUCAUGGUUUAUUCCAACGUUUAAUUGUGUUUUUUGGUAACAUUAGACGGAGAAAAUUAGAGUCGCAAAAAAAUACCGUAUUUUCCGGAGUAUAAGUCACACCAGACAGCUAGAACGCCCUCUGUCACUGUGAAAAUAACAUUCUCAGUGGUACAGGGACCAGCAGAUAUUGGUACACAAACCUACAGUGCCCUUUACACUGCUGUCAGUGUGAAAAUAAGAAAUGAUAUAUUUUAAUAUAUAAGUCACACCUGAGUAUAAGUCGCAGACCAAAACCAAAGGAUGGAAAAAAAAAAGUGCGAAUUAUUUUCAAAUUAAUUUCAAAUUUGAAUUUUAAAAAUUUUUCAGUAAAUACGCUGUCUUUACUUAGUACUACUAAAAUACACAGCACACAUGUGGAAAGCUCUUCAAGGCUUCAAGGUUUCUCUAAGUGUACCGCCUAUAACUGAUCAUUUUAUUUCCAGCACUUUAU